AUGGACGGCGAUAAUAUGGGCUACGUACCGAAUUUGCCUUCGUACGAUCCCCAUCUCGACUAUGCCACAAGCACAAGCGACUAUUGGCAGCAGAGCUUUGCACAACAACAUGACCCUCAGCCAACCCACUCGGCUCCCUUCUUUGAAAACCAACAAGAUGUUUACUUGACGGGAAGCGAACAUAAAACUACUUCAAUGUUCUCAUUUACUGGAGCACACACGCAAACGUAUCGACCCUUUCCUGCCAGCACGAUGCAGUCCUACGAAACAAGCGACAACUCGGCGCAAAAGUCACAUAUAGAUCUCGCUGAGAGCCCCAGACAACCACCUUCUAAACGCCAGCGAAUUUCUCAAGUCAACUACGAUACUCGAGUAACCGGUGCUACCAUCCACGAGUCAGAUCGCGCCUCGUUGUGUGGCACCGAAAGCGAAUGCUGUAGUAGUUGCUCGGGAGGCAUACCUUGCGAUGAACCUGACUGCAGUCCAUGUGAUGAGGUCAACUGUGUGGGUGCGGCAGUGGAAGUUUGUAGUGUUGCCUCUUGCUCCAAACCGGCCUGUCGUGAUGAGUGUCUUUCAACUGCUUUCCAAGCCCAAAGCUCACUAGGCAAUGUCGUUGAACCAUCAGAGGACAUCAUGGCGAACCUGGAACCGGCUCCGUGGAGUGCUCAAGCACAGCAAAGCAUAGGAAAGUUCCGUACUCCAACUUCAAAGGUCGAUCCUGCGAUAGUGCAGUCAUCCCCUGCGACGACACCUUCCAUGGCGCACCAUAGUGAGACACCAGGAUCUCCUUACCCAGCACUUCCUACUCCUCAGAACAACAUGUUCGAUCAACAAGCGUCAUACUCAAGUCCAGCCAUGGGUGAGCUCUCGGGCACCGGAGCCAUGUUCCAAGAUUCGUCCGAACAAUGGAAUGAUAACUCCUUUGGAGCUACCCCAGAAGUCCUACCUUGCGGAUGGGAAGGUUGCAACUUUGUCUGCAUGAGCCACGAGGAGUGGGUUUCGCACUUUCACUCUGCUCACAUAGAUACGCAGAUGCAAUUCGGAUGUCCUGUCCCUGCAGAUAACUGCCCACCAACGUUAGAUGCAAACCCAUUCGAUCAUCUCCAGACUGUCCAUGGUUAUGAGUUUGAUUUCAGUUCGGGAACAUUUAGUUGUCCUGCAACAACUUGUCCAGCAGACCAGACUUAUGGUAGUCCAAGGAUGUUUCAUGACCACUUGGACCAUUAUCACGCAACUCCAGUGCAAGGGUCGCUACAAUGCCGGCUGCAGACCUGUGGUACUGUCUUCAACGAUCCCAACCAAUUCUUCUUACAUAUGACCGACCAUCUUCAAGGCUCGGUCUCCAAAAAUGAAGAAAUUGACCUUCUGGCUCCAUCCACUUCUGCUACCGCCGCGGGUCCAGAGCCUGUAAAUAAGCUUGAGCAUUCUGAUCUUGCGAACCUACCCCAUGUGUGCAUGUGGAAGUCAAAGAAUGGAGAUCAUUGCAACUACGAGGGGACAUCCGCCGCCGACCUCCAGGAUCAUGUCAAGGAUCAACAUUUGAGCUCUCUUGGUAAGAGUACUGGAUAUAUCUGUCAGUGGGAGGGUUGUCGCCGUGAUUCGAGUCUUGGCGACAAGUCAGGCUUCUCGCAACGUGGAAAACUAGAGCGACACAUGGCGACCCAUACAGGCUUCAAAUGUUCCGUUUGCCCAACCUGUGGUCAGUUCUUCUCGGCACCUCAAGCUUUGAGGCAACAUAUCUUGCUCCAUACUGGCGAAAAGCCAUGGAAGUGUAAGCACUGUGACAAGAGAUUUCCACAACAGAGUGCAUGCACGAUACAUGAACGAACACACACCAAUGAGAAGCCCCUAGAGUGCAAUAUCUGCGGCAAGAAAUUCUCAGAAUCCUCAAACCUGGCAAAGCACAGGAAGAUCCACGGCGAGAAAGGACUGCACGCCUGUCCCAUCCCUGGCUGUGGGAAGUCUUUCCAUAGACUUGACCAGUUGAAGAGACAUGCUAUGACGCAUGACAAGCCGCCGAAAGAUGUUUCUAAGAAGAGAGCGCCGAGGAAGCAGAAGUGGAAUGUUACUAUAGCGGAUGAAUUGGAAGGGAAUGGUAAGAAGGGCUUGGGAGAAGAUAGAGUGAAUUCUGAAAAGUCGUGA